CUGAAUGAAUCGCCCAGGUUCAACCCCUCCCACCCCGAGUAAGGCUUUAAUUGUCAGCCCCGGACAAGAACUUGCGUGAAAGCUCCAAAAAACGCGUGCGCCUCACACUGGAGACUGGAAGUGACUAACCUGGACCAGUGCGCAUCUCUUUGCCGUGUGCGCGCGCGUGUGUCUCUGUGUGUUCAAGUGUGUGUGGAUGAGUAGUUUUGAAUUCUUAUUUCUGAGGAAGUUUGCCCGUCUGGUGUGAUUUAUUUCUGCCCGAGCUGCAAUGCAGGUGUCUGUGGCCCUCAUCGUCUCCAGUUCGGCGCUCCUGCUCCUCCGGCUGCAGGGAUGCUGCGCAGCCGCCAAGGGCUGGAAGGAGAAAAAGAACGGUGCAACGGAGAUUUUACCGAAUCGCAGGGAAAAUACACGGCCACCACAUGAGGCGAUCCUGCAGACUUCAAACAACAAUAACAACAACAACAACAAUAAUAACAACACUCUAAAUAACAGGGCGAAAAGCGGCGGAAGAACUUCAUCUUCAAACACGGCUCCUUACAGUGCCGCCGAGAUGAGCUGCAGGGAGCUGCGUUCCACCCGCUACAUCACCGACGGAUCGUGCCGCAGCGCCAAGCCCAUCCGGGAGCUGCUCUGCUCAGGGCAGUGCCUUCCCGCCCACCUCAUGCCCAACUCCAUCGUCCGUGGGAAGUGGUGGAGAAACAGCGCCGCGGACUACCGUUGCAUCCCGGCGCACUCCAGGACACGAAGGGUCCAGCUGCAGUGCCCGAACGGGAACACCCGGACUUACAAAAUCCGCGUGGUCACCUCCUGCAAGUGCAAGCGCUUCAGGCCCCACCACAACCAGUCGGUUCCCAAGGAGGUGCCCAAGAGGCAGCCCAGCAGGAAGCACAGCCGCCUGUCACAGGAUCGGAGCAGCAACAACACGCCGCUGCUAGACAACGCAUACUAAAGCAGCCAGGGACCGAACACCUAUACAUGUUACUCAUAAACCAACAUAUCUCCUUCAUACAGCGAAGAGAUGCAAGAGAAAACUCAAAGCGAGCGAAUUCAUAAGCUAAUUUCUGGACUGAUUCUUUGCAUGACAACACGGAUCAGCGCCAGCAGUGACUGGAAAGGAGGCGACCUGCCGGGUCUUUCUUUCAAACAAAGUUCUUGUAAAGUUAAUCAGAAUACUUCCCCCAAGCUUCAACCCCCAUCUGUGCAAACAUCCAACGGAUGCAGAACCCUAACUCAGUUUAACUCUCCAAGGGUGCAUCUUCUCUCUAGAGCGGUCUUAAUCCAUGGUGGUUGGGACGCUGACAGGAUUUUCAGAGGCUCCCUGAAAGCUGACUCUAGACAGACCGGUCAAUCACAGCAGCUCCUUUCUCAAAAUUAGCAACAAAAAGUCGGAAGAGACAAAGAAAUAAAGGUUGGGGAGGGGGCUGGGUGGGGGAGUUUGCAGUAGGUCUUCCUGCGACUCCCCAUAAUUAGCUCAUUCCUGUGUUAGGAUUGAGUCGUACAAAGCAAUUUCCUCUAGAUAUCAGCAGUUCCUGUUUGCUGGGGUCACGCAGAAAGAAAGUGCACAUGGUGUGUAGGAGGCAUCAGAAAGCCUUACGCAGGGGCAGAGCUCUCUCCAUCACACCCACACUGGAAUUCUGUUGCAGCGGGCCAAGCUGAGCGGGGAUGGACCCAGAAUCCAUCUGUCGUGCAAGCCAGCAGGAUUCAAGAAAGCCCCACUCCUUUCUGUAAAUAAUCCAGGCAAGAAACAGACGAAGACCAUCAAAAACUUAAAUAAUUAUUUCGAUUCUCAAUGUACUGCAGGAAGAGGACGCAGCGAUGCCCAGCGUGCCUCGAGUUUAACUGAACUUACAGAGAAUAUUGACGACAUUCCCACUAAUUGUCAUCUCAGCAAUAUAUUUUUUUUACCCUCUUACAUUUCUUCAAAAGUUCUAAUGUUUGCUGCAUUCUCCCCUUCAAAACAUACAUGGAAAUGGCAACUGGAAAGAAGUUCAGCAUAUCAAACCUGCGCGCGCCUCGCAGGGAUGGAGGGAAGAGACCCAAAGAAGGACUCUUUUAAAAAGAAUGAACUGCAUAUUUAUUUUUUAUGUCCACAUUUAAAUUAUUUAUGCAACUUUUUGUAGCAACUGAUAGUCAUAAUUGUCAUAUAGUGUGAUAGAGAAAAUAAAAGAUUAUACAGUACAUGAAUAAAAGGCAGAUAUAUUUCAACAA